AUGUCCGAUCGAGGAGCCUCAACGCCUCGCGUGUUCUGUAUACGACAUGGAGAGACGGAAUGGUCCCGAGAAGGCCGCUUCACCGGGGUUACAGAAAUUGAUCUGACCUCGCGGGGAGCACAGCAGGCUUCCGAUGUUGGAGAACUUUUGUUCGGCGGAGGCAAACUCGUUGACCCAGCUCGCCUAGCGAACGUCAUUGUCAGCCCGAGAAAGAGAGCGGAGCGCACUCUCGAAAAGCUUCUACCAUCGCCGCUGAAGACGUCGUCAGAUGAUGUCAAUUUGGAGGCGAAAAUCAUCACCGACAAAAACGUCGCGGAGUGGGAUUAUGGCAAGUAUGAAGGUAAGACAGACAAACAAAUCAGAUGUCAAAGGCAGCAACAAGGAUUAGACAAGGAAGACGCAUGGAAUAUCUGGCGCGAUGGAUGCGAGGGCGGAGAGUCAAAGAAAGACGUUACUGAGCGGUUACUUCGACUCAUUGUUCAGAUUCGCAAGAUUCAAGAGCCUCACAUGAAGGGCGAUGGGCCCGGCGAUGUGCUCGUUGUUUCCCACGGUCUCAUCCUCCGAUGCUUUUGGAAGCUUUGGAACGGCUUUGAGAUUGAUCACAAUAUCUCUAUCGAUAUAGAAACAACGGGGAUGUUUGUUCUAGGUUACAAGGGUAAUGACAUCAAUAAGCGAAGUUUCUACCUCGGCGUAUCUCUACCGCUUGCGGAGCAUGAUGGAGAGAGAGAGUCUCAGAAAAAACCAAGGGCAAUUGCUUCUGAAACCCCAUCUUAG